AUGGACGUGGAGGAAUCAGAGCAGGGUGUCAAUCCUUUGUGUGAUUGGGUGGCGGAACCUCCUGCAAGGGAGCAGGAAAAGGAGCAAGCUGAAGGUGCUGAAGAGAUUGGACCUGAAGAACUUGACGAGUGCCAUGGUGGAAAUAUUGACGGAACUGUCGAAGAGGUUGUCCCCGAAAAAGAGGGCGUCGGCCCCGGUAAACAUGAAAGCAGUUAUAUUGAAGAGCAGCCCUCUCACGGAGCAGCUGAGCAUCACGAAGCGGCCGAGCACCGCGUCACAGCCGCGGCCUGCGAGGAUGAAGGAAUGCCGUCGUUGGCCGUUCCCGAGCCACCCAAAACCCCCACCAUGACAACCUCAGCUCGCAACCGCCGCUCGAGGACUAACGUUGGUAUGCCACCGAUUGCCGCAGCCAAACCAAGGGCACAGGAAGGCAAGAACGACGGUGGCAAAGCUGACAAAUGUAGUGGAGGGAGGAGCGCUAGAGGCAGGUUAAUUCCCAAGCAGCCGGCUCGAAACACGAGUGCAAGGCAAGGGAAGCCCCCUCUUCUGUCGCCGAGGUGGGUGAAAGAGAGGGAAACACAAUAUAGGAUUGUGUAUGGGAAGCCACAGCACCGUUACCGCGUCAAGAGAAAUGUUUGUCAACAUCACCCGGCGGCAUGCGGUGGCACACAAAGUGGUUUGGCAGAAGAUGACGCGGCACUAUCUUUCUCGGGUCACAUCCACAAUGUGGAAAAGCAACUGCACAAGUACCUUUGCUCAUUUAAUACCCAGUGCGAGGAAUGUACCGAGGCAGGGCCGCUGUCAAGCUACAAAACUGUAUAUGGGACCAAGAAAGCUUCGACCCUCAAGGCGAAAUGUGGAGAAAGUCAACCCCCAUUCAUCCUUGGGGAUUCACCUAGGGUUUCCAACGACCCUUUGUGGAGCGUCAACCGCCAGUUGUCCGAGUACACUAACCGUCAGCGCCUCAGCGACAGAGGUAAUCCAAUGGCUAACACUGAACAUGACCGUUCAAGUUCAAGGGGAGUGCCUUCUGAUGGCGGGUGCACGUGGAGGACGAAAUCCCCUUCCACGAUGUCACAGCCCCAGCAACUAGAGUACGAAACCCGGGACGAGCUUCAACAUUGUGCCCGACUCUUCCUCGAUCGUUUUGGCGGCUCCAGCGAACGGCGCGACCUUGGCUAUAGCUAUCGUUGUAUCCUUUUGGGGAAGCAGAAACAACAGUGGCUCUCAGGGUCAACGAAGGGGCUCCCUGGGGUACGGUGGGCGACGAAGAAAGACUCAUCUCCCCCAAGACCACCGUUUAGGCACCGCGCGCACGACAGGCGUGUAUUCCAAAAUGAUAAGGUUCGGACAAAUGCCAGCACCUCGGCAAGAUCAAAAGGGGGCCGCACUGGCGAAACCAGUGCGCAAAAGCAGGCGACCAGCCCUCACCAUCCAGCGGCAGACACGACCACGUACGUCAGAGAAGACUGGGUUGCGGAGCGGGGUGCCGCAAUUACACUUGAAGCUUCAAAAAGCGACGUGGAAAUUCUGAGAGGUGGACCAGAGGUGAGAGAAGCAGGAACGGAGCUGUUUCCAUGUGAGGGGGCUGUGGAAGAACCAGCUGGUUGCUACAAAGUUGAGGGUGAGGAGUUGAUGGGCCGCCCUGAUGCUGUGGGUGUGGAGUUGGUGAGCGGCUCCGAAACCGAUCGUGGAGGGAUGGAAAGCCGAACUGAGACUGUGGGGGCGGCUUUGGUGAGCCGCACCGAAACUGAUUGCGAGGAACUUGGAAGCCAUGGUGUAAUUGAACUUGUGCAACCUUCGGGUGAGGCCGACAUUGAUGGAGGGGAACAGGAGGGUCACAGCAAGGUUGCGAGUGAGGGGUUGGCUAGCCAAGCUGGAGCUGACGGCGAGGAACUUGGAAGCCAUGAUGUAAUUGAACUUGUGCAACCUUCGGGUGAGGCCGACAUUGAUGGAGGGGAACCGGAGGGUCACAGCAAGGUUGCGAGUGAGGGGUUGGCUAGCCAAGCUGGAGCUGACGGCGAGGAACUUGGAAGCCAUGAUGUAAUUGAACUUGUGCAACCUUCGGGUGAGGCCGACAUUGAUGGAGGGGAACAGGAGGGUCACAGCAAGGUUGCGAGUGAGGGGUUGGCUAGCCAAGCUGGAGCUGACGGCGAGGAACUUGGAAGCCAUGAUGUAAUUGAACUUGUGCAACCUUCGGGUGAGGCCGACAUUGAUGGAGGGGAACCGGAGGGUCACAGCAAGGUUGCGAGUGAGGGGUUGGCUAGCCAAGCUGGAGCUGACGGCGAGGAACUUGGAAGCCAUGAUGUAAUUGAACUUGUGCAACCUUCGGGUGAGGCCGACAACGGUUGCUAG